UUUUAUGUCAUUAUUUAAACUGUUGGUGGUGCACGUGUUGUUGGUUGUCCACCAAAUUACCAGGUGUAAUGCACCGCUUAGGAAGUGAUACCUGUUCUGUCCGCGUGUCACACACCCUGCUCUUCCAAACUACCCUCUCAUCUAUGCUCUCUGUCUCUCUUCUUCUUCCACCGUUCCUCUUUUCUUCGUCCUUCGUUCUAUCUCUGCCCAAAUAUUCCCCGAUUACACCUCCUAUUUUGUAUGUUCAAAUCUAUAACCGCCCCUAUCAUCCAAUUUCAUUCCUCCACCGCCUCAUCUAUCACUCUUUUAGUUUAAUCCCCGCUACCUACCCUUCCUUCUUUCACCGCUUCAGAUACAUUUGCUUUUUCAUUCUUUUUAGUCGGCAAUCUCCACCGCUUAAUCCCUACACCGAUCACUCAAAACCUUCAAUCACUUUGAAUGUUUACUUCUUCUAUUACUCCACCGCCUCUCAUCUUAUCGACGUUACCUCAUCGCCUUCCACCGCCUCACCACCUCAGGGAAGUCGUCCUCGGAUCCGGUUGUACUCUCUGCUUCAGUUCGACUACGGUCCGCCGAAAGACGCCGACAAGUUCGCCUGGAAACCCAAUGUCGGCGUCGAAAUCAACGAAACCGAAGUCGGAGGAAGGUUUAGGCCUUUAUCGAACAUCACCGGAGUUUUCCCUAAGUGUAAAGAUCAAAUCAAUGGAAACGCAAAUACGGCAAAAUACAAACCCCUAACAGAACCAGCCAAAUGGUAAUUAACACAAUCUCUAUUUUAAUCUGUUCUCUUUUCACUUCUGAAUGUCGAUUCUCAGUGAUGAUUCCUCUUUUCACCAUCCCUUUUCGUUUAAUCUCACGGAUUUCGGAGCUGUCGGAGACGGCAUCACUCUCAACACCAAGGCUUUCGAAGAUGCUGUUUCUACUAUCUCAAAGCUUAGGAAGCGAGUACUUUUAUUUCUUACUACUGCAACAUUUUACUUUGAGAAGGACAAUAAUGUAAUAGAUAAGUUGAUAUCAGGAGCAUUCAUAUAACAGAAAUGGUCCAUGCGUGGUGGGCUUCAUGUAUGAUCAUUAUCCGGUUAGGAGCGCCUUCAUUAUAUCUGAACUGAGUUGGAUAUUUUGCUAUUGUUAUAGUGAUUGUAUUCCAGGUUCUCUACUUUCCAAUUAUGCCAAAUUGAAUAGAGGAAGUGGCAAUUCAGCCCUAAAACACAAAAAUCCAAACUUUCAAAGGGGAUUUGUUAUAUUAGAAGAAGCUGCCAAUAGUUAUAUGAAAAGAGAUAUGUCAUAAUGGGGAGCUUUUUCUCUUUUAUAAGAGUGGCAAACGAAUUCGUAUUUGAAGCAUACAAGGUAACAGGUGUUCAAAGGGUUACUGGAUGCUUCAGCAAUGAUCCUGAAAUCAAAAAAAUAAAUGAUGAGAAGAAAGCAUCAAUGGCAGACCAAUUUGUAGCAGAAGCUACUUUACGAGCAGUUCCUGCAGCCGAAAUUCAAGCCAUUGUUGGACCUUUGGAAGCUGGCUGGAAAAGAGAUUGUACUUGGCAUAAAACUUGAAACGGAGCCUGAAGAGGCAAUAUCCAAAGAGAAAGCACUUUUCUGUUUCUGUAAACACUAAAAAACAUGUAAACUGAUGGAUGUUUUGGGUUUCUUAGUUAGUUAGUUAGUAUGUAAUCCACAUCCGACCCAUUCCGCCCCGCGCAACGCGCGGGUAAC